AUGGAGGUAAACAGGGACGAGGCGGAGCGCUGCAUUGACAUUGCAACCGCGGCGUUAACCAACGAGCAGCUGGAGAAAGCGCAGAGGUUCCUGGAGAAAGCCCAGCGACUGUUCCCGACAGAGAAGGCGAAGGUACUGUUGGACCUAAUAGCAAAGAAUGGAUUUACAUCCAGACAAGGUGGUCACUCAGACUUCGGUGGGGUCUCGGGGCCUCGACAGCGGCAGACCACCAGUGAGGACAGCAGACCUGCAGAAAAGCCUGCAGACACCUCAAAAUCCUACACUGCAGAUCAAGUGGAUGCUGUGAGGAGGAUAAAACAGUGUAAAGACUAUUAUGAAAUUCUCGGGGUACAGAAAGACGCCGCUGAGGACGAACUCAAAAGAUCAUAUAGAAAACUUGCACUGAAAUUCCAUCCGGACAAGAAUCAUGCCCCAGGAGCAACAGAGGCAUUUAAAGCUAUUGGUAAUGCUUACGGCGUCCUGAGUAAUGCCAACAAAAGAAGACAGUAUGAUCAGUGCGGAGAGGAGAGGAAGCAUCCUUCAACACAUGGACCAGACGAUGGCAGCUUUGAGCCGGAUAUAUCACCUGAAGACCUCUUUAAUAUGUUCUUUGGAGGAGGUUACCCAUCAAGCAAUGCCAAUGCAUACACCAAUGGGAGGAUGCGUUAUCAAAGGCCAGAGAGAAGAGAGAGACAACGAGACGGAGGCCUCGCUCUCUUCGUGCAGGUCAUGCCCAUCCUCAUCCUGGUUAUUGUGUCAGCCCUCAGUCAGAUAAUGGUGAACAGCCCCCCCUACAGCCUCAGCUACAGGCCGUCAGCAGGUUACACACAGAAAAGGCUGACUGAGACCCUGAAGGUGCCAUACUAUGUGGGGGACUCCUUCCCCAAAGAGUUCACAGGAGUGAAUCUGAAGAAUUUAGAGCGGACGGUAGAGGAUGAUUAUAUUUCCAACCUUCGCAACAAUUGCUGGAAGGAGAAACAACAGAAGGAAGGCAUGCUGUACAGAGCUCGAUAUUUUGGAGACACCGAUUUGUACCAAAGAGCACAGAGAGCUCGCACACCAAGCUGCGCCAAGCUGUCUGAAAUCUCAGCUUCAUUACAUGGUUGAGGCUGCUUUCAUGAUUAAAAAGCAAGUUCUUCA